GCUGCCGCCACCGCCGCUUCAGCACCAGCGCCCGGACAGCGGCGCCGCCCACGGGCAUGGACGGCGGUAGCUGCAGCGGCGGCAGCAGUGGUCCGGCUCCCUGCCGGGCUCCGGAAGGGGAGCAACAGCCCGAGGGGGAGCCCUCGGCCCCAGACGGCAACUCCCCGGACAGGUCCCAAAGCAAGGCCGUGGCACCUGAGGCCAGCCCAGAAAAAAGCUGCUCCCUCCACAGCUGCCCCCUUGAGGACCCUUCCAGUUCUUUGGGACCCCCAACAACAACUUCAACCCUCCAGCCUGUGGGUCCUUCCAGCCCCCUAGCCCCUACCAACUUCACCUAUCCCCGGGCACCACAAGAAUACCGGGGAGGCAGUUCCCUCCCAGGGCUUGGGGACCGGGCAGCUCUGUGUUCCCAUGGUUCGAGCCUCAGCCCUUCCCCUGCCCCCUCACAGCGUGAUGGGACCUGGAAACCACCAUCUGUGCAACACCAUGUGGUCAGCGUCAGACAGGAACGGGCCUUCCGGAUGCCAAAAAGCUAUUCCCAGCUGAUUGCUGAGUGGCCAGUGGCCAUGCUACUCCUGUGCCUGGCUGUCAUCCUCCUCUGCACCCUGGCUGGACUCUUGGGGAGUCAGCUGCCUGACUUUUCCAAGCCCUUGCUGGGUUUUGAGCCUCGGGACACGGACAUUGGGCGCAAGUUAGUGGUCUGGAGAGCAAUGCAGGCCCUCACAGGCCCCAGAAAGCUGCUGUCCCUUUCCCCAGAUCUCGAUCUGAACAGCUCAAACCCCCACACCACUCUGAGUCCUGAACCCUGGAGCAGUGGGCAAGAGGGUGUGAUCCGGCCUCGGAGGAUGGUGGAGCCCCUGGAAGACAGAGGGCAGGAGAACUUCUUCUGCGGCCCCCCCGAGAAGAGCUAUGCACAGCUGGUGUUCAUGUCCACCUCAGCCGGCAGCCUGUGGAACCUACACGCCAUCCACUCCAUGUGUCGCAUGGAACAGGACCAGAUCCGCUCCCAUGCCCGCUUUGGGGCUCUGUGCCAACGUACAGCAGCCAACGAGUGCUGUCCCAGCUGGUCCCUGGGCAACUACGUGGCUGUGCUCUCCAACCGCUCCUCCUGCCUGGAUACCACCCAAGCAGAUGCAGCUCGCACGCUGGCCCUGCUUCGGGCCUGUGCCCUCUACUACCACCGUGGUGCCCUGGUGCCCUCUUGUCUAGGACCUGGGCCAGACAAGCCUCCAAGCUGUGCCCAGGUCCCCAUCAAGUGCUCUCGGAGUAGUGCCAUCUACCAACUCCUUCACUUUCUGCUUGACCGGGACUUUCUGAGUCCCCAGACUGCUGACUACCAGGUACCCUCCCUCAAGUACAGCCUGCUCUUCCUGCCCACUCCAAAGGGUGCCUCCAUGAUGGGCAUCUACCUAGACCGCUUAGCGGCCCCGUGGGAGCUGUCUGACAACUACACAUCCAUCACCGGCAUGGACCUGGGCCUCAAGCAGGAGCUCCUGAAGCACUACCUCGCCCAGGACACGGUCUACCCCUUGCUGGCCCUGGCUGCCAUCUUCCUCAGCAUGGCCCUCUACUUGCGAUCACUCUUCCUCACGCUCAUGGUGCUGCUGGGGGUGCUGGGCUCCCUGCUGGUUGCCUUCUUUCUUUACCACGUGGCUUUCCGCAUGGCCUAUUUCCCCUUCGUCAAUCUGGCAGCCCUUGUCCUGCUCAGCAGCGUCUGUGCCAACCACACCCUCAUCUUUUUCGAUCUGUGGCGCCUCAGCAAGAGCCAGCUACCCUCCGGGGGGCUGGAGCAACGUGUGGGGCGCACCAUGCACCACUUUGGUUACCUGCUGCUGGUCUCUGGCCUCACCACGGGUGCGGCUUUCUACGCCAGCUACCUGAGCCGCCUGCCGGCCGUGCGCUGCUUCGCCCUCUACAUGGGCACGGCUGUGCUGGCGCACCUGGCGCUCACGCUGGCCUGGCUGCCCUCGUCCGCUGUGCUCCACGAGCGCUACCUGGCGCGCGGCUGUGCGCCCGGGGUUCAGGGCGCGUGGGGAGGCAGCGCGCCCCGGAGGCUGGCGCUGGCACUGCACCGGCGGCUCCGCAGCCUCCGGAGGGCGGCGGCCAGCACCUCGCGCCUGCUGUUCCAGCGCCUGCUGCCCUGCGGCGUCAUCAAGUUCCGCUACAUCUGGAUCUGCUGGUUCGCGGCACUGGCGGCAGGGGGCGCUUACAUCGCUGGCGUCAGCCCCCGCCUCCGACUGCCCACGCUGCCACCGCCCAGUGGCCAGGUCUUCAGGCCUAGCCACCCCUUCGAGCGCUUCGAUGCAGAGUACCGCCAGCAGUUCCUGUUCGAGCGUCUGCCUCAGGGCGAGGGCAGCCAUAUGCCUGUGGUCUUGGUGUGGGGCAUCCUGCCCGUGGACACUGGUGAUCCCCUGGAUCCUCGCAGCAACACCUCCCUAGUGAGUGACCCUGCCUUCUCAGCCAGCAGCCCCGAGGCGCAGAGCUGGCUGCUGGCCCUCUGCCACGGAGCCCGUAAUCAGAGCUUCUUUGGUGUCCAGCCAGAGGGUUGGCCCACGCUGUGUUUUGUGGAGGCCCUUCAGCACUGGAUGGAGAGCACAGGCUGUGCCCGCCUAGGACCAGGCCUUUGCUGUGGCCACUCGGACUUCCCCUGGGCACCGCAGCUCUUCCUGCAUUGCCUCAAGAUGAUGACACUGGAGCUAGGCCCAGACAGCACACGUGACAUGGGACUCCGCUUCAAUACCCAGGGUAAUCUGGUGGCCCUGGUCCUACAAUUCCAGACCAACUUCCUAUACAGUCCCGACUACAGCCAGGCCCACCAGUUCUACACUGAGGUCAACCACUGGCUGUCAGCAGAGCUGGCUGGGGCACCUCUGGGCCUCCGCAGAGGUUGGCUCACCAGCAAACUAGAGCUGUAUAGUCUGCAGCACAGCCUGAGCGUGGAACCUGCUGUGGUUCUGGGCCUGGCUCUGGCGUUGGCCUUUGCCACACUGCUCCUGGGCACUUGGAAUGUCCCACUGAGCCUGUUCUCCGUGGCAGCUGUGGCAGGCACCGUGCUGCUCACCGUGGGACUCCUGGUCCUCCUGGAAUGGCAGCUCAACACUGCCGAGGCGCUCUUUCUCUCUGCCUCAGUGGGACUCUCCGUGGACUUCACUGUCAACUACUGCAUCUCCUAUCACCUGUGCCCACACCCCGACCGCCUGAGUCGUGUGGCCUUCUCGCUGCGCCAAACCAGCUGUGCCACGGCGGUGGCAGCUGCGGCGCUGUUUGCGGCCGGUGUGCUCAUGCUGCCUGCCACGGUGCUGCUCUAUCGCAAGCUGGGCAUCGUUCUCAUGAUGGUCAAGUGUGUCAGCUGCGGCUUCGCCAGCUUCUUCUUCCAGUCUCUGUGUUGUUUCUUUGGGCCAGAGAAGAACUGUGGGCAGAUCCUCUGGCCCUGUGCCCAUCUCCCGUGGGAUGCUGGAACUGGGGAGCCCAGUGGGGAGAAGGCAGGCCGCCCACGACCAGGGCCAGGAGGAGGGGUGCCUGGGUCCUGCUCAGAGCAAUAUGAGCUACAGCCCCUGGCACGGCGCCGGAGCCCUAGCUUUGACACCAGCACAGCCACCAGCAAGCUGUCCCACCGGCCCUCUGUACUCUCUGAAGAUCUGCAGCUCCAUGAUGGCCCCUACUGCUCCCGGCCCCCCCUGGCCCCGUCUUCCCCCAGAGAGCUGUUCCUAGACCACCAGACGGUCUUCAGCCAGUGCCCAGCCCUGCAGACCUCCUCCCCCUAUAAGCAGGCUGGCCCCAGCCCCAAAACCCAGGCCAGGCAGGACUCCCAAGGGCAGAAGGCUGAGCCCGUACAGACCUCACCAGAAGUCCCAGCCAACUCCCCCAAACCCAAGGCUACAGUGCCUCCUGAUUGUCUCUGCUCCUCUGCCAGCACCCUGGAAGGGCUCAGCGUCUCCGACGAGACCUGCCUGAGCACCUCUGAGCCCAGUGCCCGUGUGCCAGAUUCCGUGGGUGCCUCCCCAGAGGACCUGGAUGAAACUGAGCAAACUGUACCUGAGCGUGGCCAGCUGAAUGGGAAGCGGGACACCUUGUGGCUGGCCCUGAAGGAGACCGUGUAUGAUCCGUCACUGCCCGCCUCCCACCAGAGCAGCUCAUCCUGGAAGGGUCGUGGGGGGCCAGGGGAUGGCAGCCCUGUGGUGCUGCCCAACAGUCAACCAGAUCUGCCUGACGUUUGGCUGCGCAGGCCCAGCACCCACACUUCAGGCUACAGUAGCUGAGGGGGGCCAGACCUCAGCACAGAAGGCCAUCAUAGGCGACACGGCAGGUGCAGAGCCAGGCUUAGUGCCUGUUGCCCCACAACAGCAUGGUGGGUCUCACUCUCCAGCUGUGGAUUUUAAACCCUGCCAGAUGUUCUGACCUCGAUACAGGCUGCUACUUACUCCCUAUAUCUGCAGGAUUCAGUGAGGAAGGUCUUUGGAGGGUCUUUGCCAAACUCUCCAUAUGACCUGAUGAGGACCCACCUCUGGAAGGGGGAGGCCAGAUGUGCAGCUCCAGGCCAUCAGAGGAGGUGACUAGCCCCCAUCCCAACCCAAGUGGCAAGAAGUUCAGUAGGACUAAGGGCAUCCGCCCUUGGGACCCUGAAGGAUACCUCACAAACCACAAAAGCCCCCCCCCCCCGGGAACCUCAGCAGCCUCCUGGGCCUCACACCCUUCAGGGGCACUUAUCAGAACACUUCUCUUUAGGGUCAGAAUUGGGCCUGAUUCCCCAUCCUGAGCUGCUCUGCCCCCCUCACAUUUUCCCAUCUGACCAGGAACUCAAGGACAGGCAGAUGGUUGCUAGGAGUGAAGCAGAAGGGAUGGUCAGCCUCCGAGCAUCCCUCAAUUGUGGGAUGGAGCCUUGUGAGAAGCAGGCUCUGGUGCUCUCCUCAUUCACAAACAAUAAGAACCUUUUACCUCCCUGCAUCUUUUAGUUCAUAGGACCCUUCCAUGCACAUUAGCUCCUUAGAAUCUCACACCUUCCUUACGGGGUAGCCUGAAGUUGGCCAGGUGCUUUUGCCCCCAGUUUACAGGCAAAGGACUUGAGAGUAAGUAAAAGUUAAGUGACUUGCCCAAAGUCACACAGCUUGCAUAUAACAGAGCAGGAUUUUUAUCUCAUCCCACCACUACAGCUCCCACUCUCCUGGCUACCUGACGAGGGGGGCGUCACCUCUAGAGGUCUUGCGCUUUCACCUCUACACCCUCCUGCAACCUGCUUUCAGGUGUCUGAGCAAAGUCUCCUCUCUCCUCCCAUUAGGCUUCCAGCUCCAGAGAGAGCUGUACUCUGAGCAAACCCUGGAGUUCCUUUGUGCUACCCUCCAGAGCCAGCUGAGACAUAUACCAACCAUUGGGCAACCUGGCUGGGCUGAUUCUCAGGUUCAAGUUCAGGUGCAUGGCCAUGAGAUAUGGGUAGCCUCUGCCAGGAGAGGCCCUGAAGGUGGUAGUAUUUGAGCAGAGUUCAGUGAAGGCAACAAUUCAUGUCAGUUUAGGCCUGCCCUUUUGAGGAGUGAGUCUGAAGCUGUUCCCCAAGCCAUGGGGACUUGUCCUGCCCUAAGAAUUGUUCUUUUCUGGGGUGCUCAGCAGACCAAAGACUGGCCCCCCUCCCCCAAGCAGAGUGUCUCUGGAAGGUUUUAUCCCAUGGGGAAGUAGGGGACCCUUGGAGCAUCCUAAGUUUACUGAAUAUCUCCUCUUCAUAUGGCACGAGAAAACAGAAGCAUAAGAAGAAAAUGGAAGAUCUGCCCUCAAGGAAUCACCUCCUAGCCGGGCAAACAGCUCACAUAUACCUACAGGCAUCAGUGGGUCACCAAUGGCACCAUGCAGUGUGUGCUGAGAGCCAUAUGCCCAUCAGUGUUGAGAGUCAUCAGCAUUGUCACCAGAAGGACUUCCUGGAGGAGAAAUGACUUGAGCUGUAUUUCAGAAGUGCAAGUAUCUCAGACUGGAAGGGACCUUAACCAUCAGCCAGCAGUUUUCAAACUUUGUAGCCUCAGGAAACUUUCUCCAAAGAAUCCUUGUGUAGGAACACAGUAUAUGAAGCAGAUAUUUUAAAGCAGAGCACCUCCUUUGGUAGGUGCUGGCUGGGGGAGUACAAAGCAGGUUCUCUUUCUACUGCAGCCUCUUAGGUUCUCCACUGAACCUCUCAACUUCCAGGCAUCUCCACAGAACGUGGUAUGAGAGACAUUUUGCAGAUGAGUAUCACAAAGGGAGGGGACUUUUCCAGAGCCAGUCUGCAGCAGAGCUGGAGGCAAACCACGGGGUUUUGUUUUGCUCUUUCCCUAUAUUGUUGAGCACUAACUCUCACACAAAAUUAACACAUGAAAAAUGGGCAAAAACCUAAAGGAGACACAGGAGCUAUGAAAGAGACAGAAGACCAUGACAGGAUAAGUUGCUGCUUAAAACCAUGUGACUCCCAACCCUGGGGAGGGGAGGUCAUAAAUUGGAUCUCUCCUCCUCCCCCUGGCCCCAGGUGUCUGCUGGCACCUCUCUCUCUCCCUAUCCAAGUGGAAUUCAGCUGCCCUGCCCUCGGGCUGCUCUUCAGGGUUCUGGCUUCUCCCACCAUGGAUUGUGUCCCUCUGUUGUCACACAGCCAAGGCAAGAGAGCUUGGUCUCAUCUGGGACAAUGAGUCAGAGUGAUGAGGUGAACCCUUCUUCCCGAGCGUGAGCAACAGUCUGUCCUUGAUUCAAAAGAGAGCCCAACAUCUCAGUUGCUUCUUGGCCAGUCAUGGAGGCCUUCCUGCCCCUGUUAUGGGAGGGUGACAGGGCCAAAAAGAACCUCUGUGCCCACAUAUGUCUUGCAAAGGGAGAUACUGUGUCAGUCACCGGAGUUUCAGAAACUUUGCCUGAACACAACUCCUGAAAUGUUUGAGUACAAAGGUGUCAAGUGGGGGAACAACAGGGAUUUGGGCACUGAAGAGCCCUACUCCAGGAUUUCUGGUUCCUACUCUUGCAGGCCAGAACUACACAACUCUACAGGAAGGCAGGCAAGCCAGAGCAACCGAGGUGCCAACUGGAUCUGUUCUAUAUCUGGCUGUGCCCAGAGGACUAGAAGAACCCAGUGGUAAACUAAAAUAUCACUUUAUCCCUAGGGUGGCCCAGUCCACAUCAAUGGAUAAUCCAGCCCACCUCUGUAGACUCAGUUUUGGAGAGUGGGAUUAAAACAUUUUCAAUUUCCUUUGCAUCUCAGAACCAUUCACUUUAUUGUUAUUAUGGGUGGUUACAAUGAGUGUAUGGCCUUGGAGAGCCUUAAAAGCAUUCUCUGAAAGCAGGGAAAACCCAGUUAUAGCAUCCAUGUUUAUUCUGGAAAAUUUAAGAAAGGGCUUCUUCCCACUGAGAUACUUAGAGAACUACUUUGACAUUCAUUUGGAGCUUCAGGUCAUUUCUCGUAGUUGUGCUACAGAUCCUAGAACUCACCCUCAGAGUGUUAUAGGUAUGUGUACUGUAUGUUUUAAAAAUAUAACUUGGUAUAGUUUGCUACUAUAGGGGAAAAAAUCCCUGUGGUUGUGGCACUUUGGGAACUUAUAAGGUGAUGAUAUUAAGACAGAAAUAGAUUUGACUGAUAGAAUAUUAGAUUUUACUUGCAUAUGGCAUAUCCCAGACCAUGAUAUUCAGGUAAUAGCCCAGUUGACCUGAUUCUGAGAGAGACAUCUCACCUGAGAUACAUAAGCUAAACUUCCUUACCCCCUUCAGUUACCCCCUUCCAUUCUUACCCUGCGCAUGCUGGGCCAGGAAGGCAGGUAAAAGGUAUAAGGAAAGAGGACAUGGUAAGGGUCAGGCACUAGCCAAACAUCAGCAUAUGGAAGGAAUAUUUGCUCCAAAGAGAAGCAGAUAUUCGGGAGUGAUAACCUCAUGAGUUGUUUGUCACCACCGGUUAAUGCAAGCCCAGGCAGAAAAAUAUGUUCCAGUACCUUGUCAAAAUUUUCCAUCCACCUUUUUCUCCCCACUACCUAGGCCUAUAAAAACUCCUCUUACCCCUCCCUAGGGGCGACUUCUCCAACCUCAACUCACUCUGGGGUCAGUGAGCCUCGCCCAAGAGUGCAGAAAUAAACCUACUUUCAGUUUCACUGGCCUCACUCUUCGUCUUCUCUACUGUGCCAGAAUCUCUCAGACACAUUGGUUAACAAUUAGCACCUGUUGUCUGGAGAGUUUCUAAUCUCUUCUCAUGGUGGCUUUAUCCCAGAAUUUGACAAUACAUGUGGGCAAUGACCAGCUAGCUCUCUGGCACCCCAUGCUUUGUGUCAAGAUCCCAUUUACUAGGGGAUAGGAAAACAAGACAUUCCUCACCCUUUCUACCCUCACCCUUACUUACAGGGAUGACUAUAACUCAAGGUCUAGAGGUAUUUAUGCUUAAGAGAAGAAAUUGUGGGCCUCCCUGGUGGUGCAGGGGUUAAAGACAGUGUUAUCAAGCAAUCACCAGCCACUGCAGUAUGGGUUCCAUCCCCAGCCAGGGAGCUUAUCUACAUGGUAUCCACAUGGCAUCUCCUGUCUCUCCUGCUGCUCCCCUCAGUAGCAUGAUAAAUAGAUCUGCCUGUCUGCUC